UAAAUUAUUUCGUAAAAAGAGGAAAACAGUAUAAAUAUUACCUUAAACGAAUGUUCUUCUGGAUGGGCAAUUUUAAACAGUUUAAGCACAGCAGGAGUUUGAAAUUUGAAUGUUUGGUACAACAUAUAUAUGUAACAAUUUCACCACCUCAAAGCUGGCAGUCAUUCAGAACCCAACCCCCCACACAAUAACUCACAGCUCUGUCCCAAUACCUCAAACCAUAUAUUCAACUGAUCGUAUAGUACUCCAACCCACAAACUCAAUAAUCAAGAAGUAGUGUUAUCAUCAUCAUCAAAUUCAACUGGCAUUCAUGGCCAAGCCAUGUUCAGAAUCAGGAGCUAUACCAUGUUACAAGCAUCCACGCAAAGCCCCAUCUUUCAUCUCUCUUCAUUCACCAAAACUCUUUAUCUACCUACUUCCCAUCUUCGCCAUACUUUUCGUCCUCUUCCACAUCCAAGCCCUUCAAACUCCGCCAUCAUCUUCUUGGGAUUUCAUCAGCACGGGCAGAUUCUCAACAGUCUCCAUAGACUGCACGAUUAAUUGCAGCCAAGAGCUCAAAUCCAUGGCCUCUAAGCUCCAAGAGGCAGUCACUUUUCUUCCUCUAAAGGACCUCCGUUACUCCAGCAGACCCCUUCAAGGACACACAUGGUUCAUGAGCUCCAUGCCUGACACACAUGAGAAGGGUGAAGUCCAAUACCAAGAAUUCCCCUCAAAAGCAUCAAAAGGUAGGGUUUUGUGCCUGAAAGGCCGAGAUACUCAUGAUGGUUCAUGGAACUUAUAUGCACUUGCAUGGCCUCAAAUCUUACCCCCGAACGCCACCCUACUCAAAGGCCUCACGUUUGUCUCGUAUAACCACUACAACUACGAUAACAUUUGGCACGGGUUAUCGUCUGCCGUCCCUUUCAUCGCAUGGCACAUCAAGAACAAAUGUUCAGCUCCGCCAACGAGAUGGGUGUUGUACCAUUGGGGUGAACUGAGAACCACAAUGGGACCUUGGCUGAAUCCACUAAUGGAGGCCACGUUUGGAGAGCCCUCAAACAUUGAAAAAUUCAAUGGAAUUGGAGGUGGAUACAUGACUGAUCCGGCUUGUUUUGAGAAGGCUGUGGUAAUGAGGCAUAAUGAAGGUGGAAUGUCAAGAGAGAAAAGAUUGCAAGUGUAUGAUUUGCUGAGGUGCAAGGCCAGGGUUUUCUGCAAUGUCAGCUCAGAAGGUAGGUUUCCUGAGGUUGAUGAAAAGGGCUUUCCGAUGAUUGGGAUGACCUUGUUCAUGAGGAGGGGGCCGAGGUCGUUCAAGAAUGAAUCCGCGGUCAUCGGAAUCUUCAAAAAGGCCUGCCGGAAUGUGGAUGGCUGUCGGCUGACGGUGGCCUAUGCAAAUAACCUUACCUUUUGCCAACAGGUGAAAUUGAUGAGCUCAACAGACAUAUUGGUGUCUCCACACGGGGCCCAAUUGACCAACAUGUUCCUAAUGGACAGAAAUAGCAGUGUCAUGGAAUUCUUCCCAAAGGGAUGGCUCAAGCUCGCCGGAAUCGGCCAAUACGUCUAUCACUGGAUCGCCAGCUGGUCGGGGAUGAACCAUCGCGGCGCCUGGCGGGACCCUGGCGGCGACCGCUGCCCCUUCCCGGAUGAUGACCGCCGCUGUAUGUCCAUUUAUAAAAAAUCAAGAAUUGGAUAUAAUGAGAGCUAUUUUUCUGAAUGGGCAAGAAGUGUGCUGAGUGAUGUGAAGUUGAGAAAGGCACAAGAUAUCUCACGCAAGAGUAGAAUCCCUGUUUCAGGUUCUUGUGGUUGUUAGUGGGCUGUUUGUAUUAUGGUUUUUUUCAGAUUUUAUGUAAUAAGUGGAGCAUUUGGGUA